UCCACCUGCAACCAUGGAGCCUAAACAUUGCUUUCUAGGCUUCCUCAUCGGGGCCUUCCUGACCAGUGGAGGAGAAGCUCAGCCAGCCCAUGAAUCUCUGAAGCCUCAGAGGGUUCAAUUUCAGUCCCGAAAUUUUCACAACGUUUUGCACUGGCAGCCAGGGAGGGCCUCUUCCAACAAUGACAGUAUUUAUUUUGUGCAGUACAAAAUGUAUGGACAGAAAGAAUGGAAGAACAAAGAGGAGUGUUGGGGGAUACAAGAACUCUUUUGUGACCUCACUAAUGAAACGUCGGAUCUGCAGGAGCCUUAUUACGGGAGGGUGAUGAUGGCCUCAGCUGGGAGCUACUCCGGAUGGACCAUCACACGCCGCUUCACUCCUUGGUGGGCAACAAAUAUAGGCCCUCCAGUGGUGAAUGUAACCCAACAUAACAGAUCUUUGUUGAUAAUUCUGCAUGCCCCCGAUUUGCCAUAUAGACACCAAAAAGGAACAAAUGUAACUGUGGAAAAUUACUAUGACUUAGUAUACAGAGUUUUUUUAAUCAACAAUUCACUACAAAAAAUGCAGGAGCAAAACAUCUACGAAGGAGCUGGAAGAGUUGUUGCAAUUGGGGCUCUCACACCUCACUCUGGCUACUGCGUAGUGGCGGAAAUCUAUCAGCCCAUGUUAGGCAGAAGCAGCCCGAGAAGUGAUGAGCAGUGUGUGAAAAUUCCCUGAUGGGUUUGGAGAUUUCUGCCACAUGCAAGUCGAAGCACGUCACAAAUCUAAUGAUCCUGCUUAUAGAAUCUCACCGAAAAUUGUUUCCAUUUUCUUAAAACCAUGUUCACUAAGACUGUCAGGGACCUCUUUGUAUAUUCAGUCUUUCUGUAUAUUUCACUUGCAAACUAAAUUUGAACAACACUGCUCAUUAAUUAGAACUGAAAGCCGAGGCAAAGAAUAAAAGUGCUCUAUGAAAUGCAGAACUGCAUUUCUGAAUGUGACAUCUCUAACAAUAUUUACUGUGAUAAAAUGGGAAAAUAUAGAGGAAGAAUCUAUGAUGAAUGGAUUUUAAUAAAAAUGCCAAGGUUCUUUUUAUAAAGUA